GUCUACACUCCUCAAUGGAAAUCAGGAUUGCUGUAAUGUAACUGCCAUCGUAGCUGUCAUAUCAGCGAUCAUACAGAGAACUGCCUGACACCUCAAACAAAUGGAUACGCAGGGGAAACGCGACCAUCUCACGAGUUUAUUUUCAUAGUCAUGUGCCACCGUGUAAACAAUAACGUUGUUACCACGUCCCUUGUGGAGCACAACUUAAAGCUAACGGUAGCUCGGUUGUGUGGAAAGCGCGUAUUUGGAAAAGGCUACUUGAAUAUAAUAGCGCACUGUUUAUGAUUUUAGUGUUAGGCGUGUAGAGUAGGCUAUAUGAAAGGGCGUGUUUAUUCGUUCGCUCGGCGAUUUUUGUCGUGAUAACGGAAGAUAUUAAUAGGUCUGACAAAGGGCAUUGGGCUCUUUGUUUAUAAACAUCCCUCUUCCGUCCAGACCCGAGCCGAACCGAGCCUGCUUGCUCCAUUGAUGCACUCUUUCCAGUGGUGUAACGGUUGUUUUUGUGGUCUAGGCCUGAUCUACUCCAACAGAACCUGCACCAUGACAUCACCACCCAUCACCUUCCACGACCUGCCACUCAACAUCUACAUGGUGAUCUUCGGCACAGGCAUCUUUGUCUUCGUCCUCAGCCUCAUCUUCUGCUGCUACUUCAUCAGCAAACUAAGGCACCAGGCACAGAGUGAGAGGUUUGGCUACAAGGAGGUUAUUUUGAAAGGUGACAGUAAGAAGCUGAGUCUACACGGGCAGACGUGUGCCGUGUGUCUAGAAGAUUUUAAGGUGAAGGAUGAACUGGGGGUGUUGCCAUGCCAACAUGCCUUUCACAGGAAGUGCCUAGUGAAGUGGCUGGAGGUUCGCUGUGUGUGUCCCAUGUGCAACAAGCCUAUCGCCGGCCCCCCAGAGCAGCAUCAGAGCAUUGGCACCCUGCUGGACGAGCUGGUGUAGCCACGGAAACAGCCGGACGCCGCCGGAAACUGCCGGAAAGAGACUGAGCAACAACACACAGGCAUCACCACAUGCCACGCCUGACCUGGUGCAUCUUUUUGCCAGGGAGGGGGCCGCACUGUACAUGGGGCUGGGCCAGACAAGACCCAGGCCUCCUCAGCCCCCACACCCUCUCCCCCCACCCCACUGUGGCCCCCACCAGAGUGAACCUCCUCAG